AUGGCCAACGAACCAACUAAUGAGAACUUUUCUCACGUAACUACUGCAAUUAUAUCUGAUAAUUUUAGCACACAACAAAUGAUUCCGAGACAACUCGUCCAAGAUCACCAAAUUGCGCAAGAUGUUAUCUCGCAUUUCUUUUACAAACCACCAAAUGAUUAUCAAAUUUACGAUAUUAGUUAUAGGGAAAUACAAAUAUCUUUUGAACUUGUAUCUGAACUCUUAGACAGUAACAAUAAUACUAGUUACUCAGUUCAAAAUCAUGUUCAAUCAAAUAAUUUACACGAAUUUUAUUUCCUCAAAGCUGAAGAAAAAAAAUGUUAUAAAGUCACUUGUGUAUUAAUCCCACAUUCGUCAAUCGUUGAAUAUUUAAAUAAAAAUAUUCAUGGAGUUGAAUUUAAUCAUAAUGAACAACAACAAGAAAUAUAUGUUGAAUUUUCUAGGGAACUCAAAGAAAAUCUUGAAUAUUAUUUGAAACAAUUUCUUGCAUCGAAAUAG